AUGCUAUUCUCCACAGCGACGAGGGCAGCCCUCCGAAGCGUUGGUAGUUUACCACGCUCUACUUCAGCAUUUUCAAGUCCUUUUAGCAGUCCGUCAGCUCUCCGACGAUUACUAUCCUCCUUGGCGAUCCUAGAACAACGCGAUGGGAAACUCAACCACGGUUCCCUAAGCGCAAUUACAGCCGCGAAAAAGCUUGGGGGUUCUGUACACGGAUUUGUCGCUGGAAGCAGUAUUAAACCCGUUGCAGAGGAGGCAGCAAAAGUUGAAGGUGUUGAGAAGAUAAUCGCGGUAGACAAUGCUGCCUAUGACAAGGGUCUCCCCGAGAACUAUGCGCCAUUGCUGGUAGAGAAUAUCAAGAAGGGAGGCUACACACAUAUUAUUGCCGGUCACACUGCAUUUGGCAAGAGCCUACUACCCCGUGUCGCCGCGCUACUCGACUCCCAACAAAUAUCAGACAUUACAGCGAUUGAGAACGAGAACAUUUUUGUACGCCCGAUAUACGCCGGCAACGCCAUUGCCACCGUCGAGUCCUCCGACCCGAUCAAAGUUAUAACUAUCCGCGGUACAGCUUUCCCCGCCGCCGAGGCGCAAGGAGGUUCCGCGGCUAUAGAAGAUGGUGUAGAUCCUAACGUGGAAAUAUCUGUGGAAUGGGUAUCUGAAGACCUAGCAAAAUCGGACCGACCGGACCUGGCGACCGCUGGAAAGGUUGUGUCUGGAGGUAGGGGUCUAAAGUCUAAGGAGGACUUCGACAAGAUUAUGCUACCCCUCGCAGAUUCGCUAGGUGCAGCUGUUGGAGCUUCUCGUGCCGCAGUUGACAGCGGAUACGCCGACAAUAGUUUACAAGUUGGCCAAACUGGUAAAGUGGUCGCUCCUCAAUUAUACUUGGCUGUUGGUAUUUCUGGCGCAAUCCAACAUUUAGCAGGUAUGAAGGAUAGCAAGGUAAUUGCGGCUAUUAACAAAGAUGGCGAGGCACCCAUAUUCCAAGUAGCUGAUGUGGGUUUAGUCGGAGAUUUGUUCGACAAGGUGCCUGAGCUAACAGAGAAGUUGAAGAGCUCGUAG